UCUCCAGCAAUGCGGUUUUACGACGUGGCUGUGGACUUGGACCCGGAGAGCACGGAGCCACUGGAGCCCAGGGCGGUCACUUUGGUCAAGCUCGCGUACUUCGCCGAGGCGCUGGAGGAGCUCGCAAAGCUGGAGGAGGCGUACGCCGCCCAGGAGCGGACGGUGCCCAGGAGCGCGCGCCGGACCCAGGUCGAGGCGCUGUGGCAGGGCGGCGAGUUCGAGAAGGCCGCGAUGCUGGCCGCCCGGGGCAUGACCCCGCUCAGGCACUCGCCGUACUUUACCGACAUGUACUACACGACCAUAGCGACCCUCGAACAGUGCGUGGGCGCGGCCGCGGCGGACCUGCUGGAGCGGAUACUGGAGCAGCCCGAGCUGCUGGACAGCCUGCGGCCCGAGCCCGAGGACGAGAUCGCGCCGCCCAGGAAGCAGCGCCCCAGGGCCAAGUCCAAGGAGGAGCUGUGCCGGGAGCAGCGGUACCGGGAGUUCCUCCGCCAGCGGCGGCUCUACAAGGCGCACGUGUUCCUCGGCGCGCUCGCGGAGGACGUCGAGUUCAUCGACGGCCUCGGCGAGCACCCGGCCCUGCCGUCGGCCAACCGCGCGAGCGAGGCGUGGAUCCGGAGGCACGUGGACUCCGUCAACGGCGACAUGCUCAAGCGCGUGGGCCACAUGGAGGUGGAGUGCCCGCUGUACGCGAUCCACCAACGCGCUACCGUGCGCGUGUCGGCCGAGCUGCGCGAGCGUCGCGACGAGGAGCUGGAGCUCAAGCGGGAGCAGGCCCAGGAGCACGCCACCCGCGUCAUCCUGCGCAUCCUCAGCUCCAAGGCCACCGGUGACCCGCGCCUCUUCUUCCAGGCAAUCCACGCUGCGCGCGUCUUCUUCGAGGUGACGUCGCGCCGCUCGCUGCCGGACAAGGCCGAGUACCAGGCGCUGCUCUACCACCUCAUUGCCAUCACGUACCUGCACUUCAUCAUCCCCGGCGCCGUGCAGGCCGGGCCCGAGGAGCGCGCGCGCCAGCGCCGCGAGCAGGUCAACACCAUCCUGCAGACGGGCGAGAAGAGCGACCUCAUGAUGGAAGGGGCGGCCAUGCCCUUCUUCGACUACGCUGGCUCGCUGCGCAUGAGCGAGCGCCGGCUCAAGCGCGCCAAGUCCAAGCUCGAGCGGCUGUGCAUCACCUUCGAGAUGGCGCACUGCUGCAGCAAGAUGCACCGCUGGGAGCAGAGCCUCAACCACUCGCGCAAGGCGCUGGCCAUGGCGCGCGAGGUGGGCCACAACGUGUGGGCCGUGGUGGCGGCCGUCGAGCUGUGCAAGGCCGAGCUGCACCUCAAGGUCAUCCUCGAGGCCAAGACCUCCAUCCGCGAGGCCAUCGAGCUGGCCGAGCCGCUCGAGGACGAGUACCUCCUCGAGAUUCUGCACGCCAUCGCAGACGCGCUGGAGCGGCAGCCGGCGCGCGGCGCUGCGGCCGCGCUGGCCGACGAGGAGCAGGCCGUGUCGCCGCAGCAGCGCAUCCUGCGCCUCAUGGCGGACGAGGGCCUGCGCAGCCAGUGCGCCGAGAUGUUCGCGCGCAUCAACACGCUGCCGCCCGAGUACCGCCUGCCGCUGCAGGCCGUCUGGGGCCGCGAGGACGGCCAGGACGCGCGGCCGCGCCCCGCCAGCGCGCCCACCUUCUUCAGGGAGAGCGACAGCGAGGCCUGACCCGGCCACCUCUUGACGUUCAGGAGAAACACGAACCACACGCGAUAUUCUCGGGUGUAAGACGGUUUCGUUCACAGCCUUUUUGAUUGGGCACUGUGUUCCUUAGGCGACCUCGCCCUUCUUCUUCCAGUCUCGGUUUACUAACUCUCUGCAGAAUCUUGGCAUCAAAAGACGUUGUCCGUGCCUUAUCGAAUUACAGACGAUGACAGCACCCCGAAAAUAAUUGUGUGGUUCGUGUACCAUCCUGUUACAUUUUGCUUCGACAACCGGUCGCCUCCCUAUCUGUUGACGUGUUCCUGACCUGUGGUCGGGGGAGGGGACGGGGGGCGCCGGCUAUCACUGACGACAUCAAUGGAGACGCCAUUCAGUACGGCCCCGUGGCGGAGCGGGCUUUUAAAGUUUGACUGCGGUGACACUGCUACAAUAAAAGCGGCAGGGCUGCCCUGCUCCUCAUACAACUGAGAGUCC